CCGGGAAAGCCCAUAUGAUCUAACUGGGUCUGACCACACCGCGGCCACACCUCCCGUGCCGCAACCGAAGCAAGGCGAGCAUCCGCCGGCGGCCACCCCUUCCCCUCCUCGUCUCGUCCACACCACCACCAGCGCAGCCGCAGCAGCACGGGUGCCGCCCGGUCCCGUCUCGCAGGCACCCGCCUCGCCCUACUCCAUGGCAACCAAGUGGGCCCAGAAGACCGUCGUCAUCCCCACGCACCGCCGCGGCUGCCACCUCAUCACCCCCAAGAUUCUGACGGACAUCGAGGGCGACCUGUCCGGGUUCAAGUGCGGGCUGGCACAUUUCUUCCUGCAGCACACAAGCGCCUCCCUGACCAUCAACGAGAACUAUGACUCCGAUGUACAAGCUGACACCGAGACUUUCCUAAACAGAAUUGUCCCAGAGGGCCACAAUGCUCCUUGGAAGCACACUAUGGAAGGUCGUCCCCCUCAGGUCAUAUCUCGAGGAGGAUUCUCUGGCUUGUUUCCCGACUCAAGCCAGUUUGCAUACCAAUUUGCCUUGUCAACCAGCUUGCACGACGUCGUCCUGUUCUGCGACCUGCAAUUCUCAAGCGACGGCAUGGGCUUCUGCAAGACCGGACUGACCCUCGACAACUCGACUCUAAUUUCCGAGGUCUUCCCUAAGAUGGACAAGACGUACAAGGUGCACGGAGAAGAUGUCCAUGGCUGGUUCUCUCUGGAUUUCACUGCGGACCAGCUAAUUCAGAACGUUACGCUGAUCCAGAACAUCUUUUCUCGCCCAAGCACAUUUGAUGGCUCCUUGGGAAUGUACAUGCUUGAUGAUGUUGUUGAACUCCGCCCCCCUAAAAUUUGGCUUAAUGUAGAGUACAAUUCAUUCUUUCUGGAGCACAAGUUAAGUAGCGAAGAUUAUAUAUUAGCACUACCAAAAGAAUUUAGCCUCGCUUACAUCUCCUCACCAGAGAUUGCAUUCUUGAAAAGCCUGGGUGGAAAGCUCAGGAAAAGCAAGACGAAGCUCAUCUUCCGGUUUCUCAAUGAAGACGUCGUUGAGCCUUCGGCCAAGAAAACAUACGGAGAACUUGUGAAAGACCUGAAAUCCGUCAAGGAAUUCGCAAUUGGGAUUCUUGUCCCCAAGACCUACAUCUGGCCAGUGAACAAGGAUCAGUACUUGGCGCCAUCUACCAGUUUGGUCAAAGAUGCGCAUGCCCUGGGCCUGGAAGUCUAUGUGUCUGGAUUUGCCAAUGAUCUCGCCAUGAGUUACAACUACAGCUAUGAUCCCAGUGCAGAGUACUUGCAAUUCAUAGAAAAUCCAGACUUCUGUGUCGACGGCUUGCUCACGGACUUCCCGCCCACCGCAUCUGGAGCUGUUGCUUGCUUGGCUCAUACUAAGGGCAAUCCUCUACCUCCUCCCGGAAAGGACACCAGGCCGCUGAUCAUCACCCACAACGGCGCGAGCGGCGUCUUCCCCGGCGGCACGGACCUCGCCUACCAGCAGGCGAUGAAAGAUGGCGCCGACAUCAUAGACUGCACGGUUCAGAUGUCGAAAGACGGGGUGCCCUUCUGCAUGCCCUCUGCCGAUCUCGGCAGCUGCACCACCGCGGCCACCGCUUUCAUCACCAAAGGCUCCACUGUCCAUGAGAUUCAGAACAAGUCCGGCAUUUUCUCGUUCGAUCUGUCAUGGAGCGAGAUUCAAACCUUGAAACCCGAACUUGUCGCUCCGUUUGCCCAGGCAGGCCUGAAAAGAAAUCCUGCGGCGAAGAAUGCUGGCAAGUUCAUGACUUUGUCCCAAUUUCUGGACAUGGCUAAGGCCAGCAAUGUCUCCGGUAUUCUGAUCGACAUAGAGCAUGCUCCCUACCUCGCGACCAGAGGGCUCGGCGUGGUGGACGCGGUCACCGGCGCGCUGGCCAACUCCAGCUACGACAAGGAGACCAAGCAGCAGGUGAUCAUCCAGUCCGACGACUCGUCGGUGCUGUCGGCGUUCAAGAAGUCGUUCCCGGCAUCCAAGCGGGUGCUCUACAUCGAGGCCGAGGUCGGCGACGCCUCGAAGCCUUCGGUGGACGAGAUGAAGGAGUUCGCGGACGGCGUGAGGAUCCACCGUGGCUCGGUGGCCCAGGUCACCGGCUACUUCCUGACGCGGUUCAGCAACGUGGUCGGCAGCCUGCACGCCGCCAACCUCACCGUGUUCAUCGGCGUUCUCAGGAACGAGUUCAUGAACCUUGGGUUCGACUACUUUGCUGACCCCAUGGUCGAGGUCGCCACGUACUCGGCGGCGGUGAUGGCCGACGGGCUCGUGACUGAUUUCCCGGCCACUGCAGCUGCAUACUUCAGGAGCCCAUGCAGUGACAUGAGCUUGAACCUGAGCUACUCGAUCCUGCCGGCACAACCUGGCGCUCUGGUCGACCUAGCCGCCCCCGGUUCGCUGCCUCCGGUUGGAGCGCCCGCACCGAUGCUCCAACCCGCCGACGUUCUUGAUCCGCCACUGCCACCUGUUGUCGCCGUGAGCACGGCCGCGGCUCCGGCGCAGACAGGGGCCACUGACAACAGCACCUCGGCGGCCAGCUUCAACGCCGGCAGCUGCCUCUUGGUGGCUGGCACCGUUACCCUCUUGUUCCUGAGCUUCCUGCAGUGAUCCUUCCUUGGUGACUGGCAUUGUACUACCACAUGUUUUUGUGUUCUCUCUAUGUUCCCCCCUCUUCACAUCCUCAAAUCUACUGUAACAUAUCGCUCUUUAAAUAGAUAUACAUUGUCAAGAACCCGCACAGAAAUACAGAUCAGAAAAAAUAUUAACUCUGCCCCCGUUCAUGCUUGGAUGCUACAGUUUGUACAUCAAAGCUGUGUUUUUUUUUAUUUUAUACAGUUAAGGUCACCACUUGACAUUUUUUAACUAAGAACUGAGAAGGUGAGAAUCAGCAAGAAUUCAUAAGUGCACAA